UCUGAGUUACAAAUUGUCUCAAAAACCGAUGGUGUGGCGGUUUCAGGAGCCUGAAUGGCUGCCUGCUCCUAUUUCCUCUUACAAAAGACAUUCCAAAACCUAAUGAACCUUUUGAUGAACAUCUGUUGCACCACUCUUGCAGGUAUCUCGACAUUGGCCUCCUCCCCAGCAAAAGCCAGCGAUUAUCUCCGUCCUCUCCUACAGUUUGCUGCCACACAUGUUCCUGUUACCAAGCACAAAGAGACACCAUUAUACAUCCUGUGUACUGCUGGAAUGAGGCUGUUACCAGAAAGGCAACAGAAUGCUAUUCUCGAGGACCUAUACACUGAUGUGCCAGUCGAAUUUGACUUCCUGUUUUCUGAGUCCCAUGCGGAGGUGAUUUCUGGUAAACAAGAAGGAGUCUACGCCUGGAUCGGAAUCAAUUUUGUUCUUGGUAGAUUUGACCACAUUGAAGAUGAUAAUGAUGCACGUGUUGCUGUGACUGUCUCCAGCAAUCCUAACCAAGGUCCUGUGAUUCGCAAGCGAACUGUUGGCAUACUGGACAUGGGUGGAGCUUCUGUUCAAAUUGCAUAUGAGGUGACGAAUCCUGUAAGCUUUACCUCACCAGUGCAGGAAGAAGCUGCCAAAGGUUUACUAGCUGAAUUCAAUCUCGGCUGUGAUUUGCAUCAUACUGAACAUGUGUACAGGGUAUACGUAACUACCUUCCUGGGAUUCGGUGGGAAUUAUGCACGACAACUCUAUGAAGAUCUAAUUUUCAAUAAUACCACUGCCACGAAUAGGUUGCUUGACCAAUAUAUGGGUGUCAGUGCAGAGAGCCCCUACCUUGAUCCUUGCCUGUCAAUUGAAACAACCGACAUCAUUCAAAAGGAUGAACAGACAAUGCACUUGAGAGGUGCUGGGAACUUUGAUGAGUGUUGCAAACUAAUAAAACCACUCCUGAACAAAGGGAAUGAGGCAAAUAUGUCCCUCAAUGGGGUUUAUCAAUCCCCCAUUGACUUCCAUAAUAGUGAAUUCUAUGGAUUCUCUGAAUUUUAUUACUGUACUGAAGACGUCUUGCGCAUGGGAGGUCACUAUGAUGGCGUUAAAUACACAAAAGCAGCCAAGGAUUACUGUGCUACCAAAUGGACAACGUUAAAAGAACGGUUUGAUCUAAAUCUGUUUUCAUCACAUGCUGAUCUUCACAGAUUGAAAUAUCAGUGUUUUAAGUCUGCAUGGAUGCAUGAGGUUCUGCACAGUGGUUUUAACUUCCCAGUUGACUAUUCCAACCUGAAGACAGCUCAACUGGUGUAUGACAAGGAAGUACAAUGGACACUGGGAGCAAUUCUUUAUAAAACUCGCUUUCUACCUCUCAGGGAUCUCCAGCGAGAAUCUGGAAAAGCAAACCAUUCUAGGUGGCUGCGUAUCUCCUUCGUCUACAACCACUACCUGUUCUUCGCCUGCUUCUUUGUGGUCCUUCUCGCCAUUGCCCUGUAUAUCUUGAGAUUACGGCGGAUUCACAGAAGGACACAACGUGAGCUGCUGUGGAUGGAGGAGGGCAAAUUGUCAACUGAGGGGCUCUGACUUGCAAGAUAGAUCCAUCAGAAAACAUUCCACCAUUCUCUUCAUAUUCCAGGGCAAAUCUCAAGUGCACCAUGGGCAGAAGCCUUUCAGAUACCUCAAUUAUUUAUGUUUAGUCUGGAAGUUCCUGCCUUUGGAUAACUUUGUCCUUUCCAACCAUCUGACUUCCUUUUUGAAGUUGGAGGUGGUUGAACCUUCAGUAACCUGUAUUUAUUUUCAUUCACCCUGUGAUGUUGGGAUGCGAAGUGAUACAUUUAAAGUUGUGAUGAUUUGUAUGAUGUCUUGAUAUCAGGUCUUGUCUGCAUUAAUUAUUCUCCAGAGUCGCCACAGGGUAGGUGGUGGGAACAGUACUGAUGUUUUGGGUCCUCUUCUACUGGCACCCAAAGACUUGUUCCCACAGUUCUCCCUCUAUUCCGGGAGUGAAGGGUCAGCUGAGAUCAUGUGUCCCUGGAAUGAGGCUUGACCCACAACCUUCUCAGAAAUCAGUGCUACCAACUGAGCCACGCUCACAUUGCCAGAGUCACCUACAUCCACUCCAAGAGUGAACAUUAAGGCAGCUGGAAUGAGGAACCUAUUUGACAUGGAUUCAAAUGGGAAAAUGGACUGAUGUUUUUCAAUUAAUUUUUCUUACUCAUUCAUGUGAUGAGGUCAUCGCUGGUUGGGCCAGCAUUUAUUGCCCAUCCCUAAUUGCCUGGAGGAAAGUUCAGAACCAACUACAUUGCUGUG